AUGACUGCUCCGGGACGUGUCGGCCGCUUGGGCCACAUCGUCGGGCCCUCGACAAUGGCCUUCCGAGCUGCCAUGCCUGCCCGCCUGCCGUUGAGGCCGUCCACUGCUGUCUCGUGCCCACAACCGCUGGUGGCUGCCUCCGGCCUGCGAUGGGCAUCAAAAGGACGUUCGCAAGGAAAGCUGAAGAGGGUUAUCCCCAGAACUGCUUGGGUCCAGUAUCCCGAGCUGUUCCCCGUCCGCGAGGACUUUGCGAGUCGCCAUAUCGGUCCCGACAACUCCAGCAUUCAGGAAAUGCUUGGGGCUUUGGAUCCGCCUGUCGAGUCGUUGGACCAGUUCGUUCAGGAGGUCAUUCCUGCAGAUAUCUUGUCGAAGCGCGAGCUCUUCCCGCAAAACCGCGUCAGGUUCCACUCGACCAAAAAGUACCCUACCCGUCAGGGCCAUCAAGAGUGGGAAAUCGUCAAGAUCGCCGAGUCUAUGGCCUCAAGCAACAGACACAGCAUCAAGGCUCAAAUCGGUGCCGGCUACUAUGGCACUCUCACCCCCGAGGUCAUCAAGAGAAACGUGCUCGAGAGCCCCGCUUGGUACACAAGCUACACGCCCUACCAGCCCGAGAUCAGCCAAGGCAGACUGGAAUCCCUUCUCAACUUCCAGACCAUGGUCACCGACCUGACUGGCCUUCCAAUUGCGAAUGCGAGCUUGCUGGACGAGGGAACCGCUGCCGCCGAGGCCAUGACCAUGUCGCUCAAUGCUCUCCCUGCCUCCAGAACAAAGAGCCCCACCAAGACCUAUGUCCUCUCUAACAGGCUUCACCCUCAGACGAGAGCCGUCCUCAGGAGCCGCGCCGAGGGUUUCGGUGUCAACAUCAUUACUCUGGAUUUCCACGAUCCCGAAUUCCCCUCCAAGCUCGAGGAAUUGGGCGACGACCUGGUUGGUGUCAUGGUUCAAUAUCCAGACACAACUGGCCAGGUGUUGGAGCACCGACAGCUCGCCGACCUUGUUCACAAGCAAGGCGCUCUUCUCAGUGUUGCGACCGAUCUUCUGGCUCUUACCAUGUUGACUCCUCCAGGCGAGUGGGGUGCCGAUAUCGCCUUUGGCAACUCUCAGCGGUUUGGUGUGCCUCUGGGCUUUGGUGGCCCGCAUGCGGCCUUCUUCGCGGUGCAAGAGAAGCAUAAGAGGAAGAUGCCAGGUCGUUUGAUUGGUGUCUCCAAGGAUCGUCUCGGUGGUCGCGCAUUGAGACUGUCCUUGCAAACCAGAGAACAACACAUCCGCAGAGAGAAGGCUACCAGCAACGUUUGCACUGCUCAGGCCCUUUUGGCCAACAUCAGCUCAUUCUAUGCUGUUUACCACGGUCCCGAGGGCCUUCGGGCAAUCGCGGAAAGGUGCAACCUGGGUGCCAGGGUUCUUGAGUCUGCAGCCAAGUUCUGCGGGCUGCAGCUCUACUCGCCAACUGGCUCGGUGGUGCCGUUCGAUACCCUCGUCAUCAACCAAGACCAUAUCGGCAAGGUCCUGGUUUAUGCCGCCAGAGAGAGAGGUAUCAACAUUCGCUUCAUUUCCACCGAUUCGGCCGGCAUCAGUGUGGAUGAGACCACCACCGAAAACGAUCUCAUUAACCUCAUUGGCGCAUUCCAAGAUGCUGCGAGGAGCCUCAAGACCCAAGGCAGAGAUGAGGCCCUUGACGCUAACCCGCAAGUGAUCUUUGAGCACUUCUUGAAGCACCAUGUCGAGCAGAUCAAGCAGUCCGGACCGCUGGGCCAUCUUCCGGAACCCCUGCGUCGAACUUCGUCUUACCUAACUCACCCCGUUUUCAACACACAUCACUCUGAGACGGAACUCCUUCGGUACAUCCAUCAUCUGCAGUCCAAGGACUUGUCGUUGGUGCAUUCCAUGAUUCCCCUGGGCUCCUGCACCAUGAAGCUCAACGCCAGUGCUGAGAUGGCCCUCAUCACGCUUCCCGGCUUCUCCAACCUUCACCCUUUCGUUCCGCCAGACCAGUCGGAGGGAUACACAAAGCUCACAAAGGUACUUGAAAACCAGCUGAAUGACAUCACCGGUAUGGAUGCCUGCUCGCUUCAGCCCAACUCGGGCGCCCAGGGUGAAUUCGCUGGCUUGCGCGUCAUUCGCAAGUAUCUCCAGAGCCGGGCGCAAAGCCAUCGUGACAUCUGUCUCAUUCCUGUUUCCGCUCACGGUACCAACCCUGCGUCGGCAGCCAUGGCCGGUAUGCGUGUUGUUCCCAUCAAGUGCGACACCAAGACGGGCAACCUUGAUCUUGCCGACUUGGAGGCCAAGUGCAAGCAGUACGAGAACGAGCUCGCUGCCAUGAUGAUCACGUAUCCCAGCACCUUCGGUGUUUUCGAGCCUGCGAUCAAGAAGGUCUGUCAGAUCGUGCACGCUCACGGAGGACAGGUCUACAUGGAUGGCGCGAACAUGAACGCCCAGGUCGGUCUCUGCUCUCCUGGAGAGAUCGGUGCCGACGUCUGCCACUUGAACUUGCACAAGACUUUCUGUAUUCCCCACGGCGGUGGCGGUCCUGGUGUUGGUCCCAUCUGCGUCAAGGAUCACCUUGCCAGCUUCUUGCCCACCACCAAGACCAUGUCGAAUACCGAGCUCAACUUGCCCGUUAGCAGUGCGAGCUACGGCAGUGCCAGCAUUUUGCCCAUCAGCUGGUCCUAUAACGCUCUCAUGGGCGGUGCUGGUCUCAAGAAGGCUACCCAGGUCACCCUGCUCAACGCCAACUACCUCCUCAGCCGUCUGAAGGAUCACUACCCCAUCUUGUACACCAACGAGCACGGCCGUUGCGCCCACGAGUUCAUCAUCGACGCCCGUCCGUUCGAGAAGACUUCCGGAAUCCAGGCCAUCGACAUCGCCAAGCGUCUGCAGGAUUACGGCUUCCACGCUCCCACUAUGAGCUGGCCCGUCGCCAACACGCUCAUGAUCGAGCCUACCGAGUCCGAGUCCAAGGAGGAGCUCGACCGUUUCGUUGACGCCUUGAUCGCCAUCCGCGAGGAGAUCCGUGAGGUCGAGGAGGGCAAGCAGCCCCGUGAGGGUAACGUCUUGAAGAUGUCUCCUCACCCCAUCUCCGACAUCAUUGGCGGCGAUGGCGAGGCCGGAAACAAGUGGGAUAGGCCUUAUAGCCGUGAGAAGGCUGCUUACCCGCUGGCGUGGUUGAGGGAGAAGAAGUUCUGGCCUAGCGUUGCCCGUGUUAACGACACCUACGGUGAUCUGAACCUCUUCUGUACCUGCCCUCCGGUUGAGGACACCACCGGUGGCAACCAGUCCUCCAUCCAGGAGCAGUGA